GCGCGGCUUUGAGGGGGUUCACAAUGCCUCGAAAACAGACUCGCGAACAUGAGCCCGCGCCCGAACAAGUGCAGCAGGAUUAUAUGCGCAAAUCUGUUGUGCACCAUUACAUUGUUGUCGGCCAGAAGGUCGACAACAGGGUGGUUAAUAUGCUACGGUGCACCUUCUGCAAUAAGGUGUUUCAGGGAACUGAAUUCUACGCAACGAAACACUUCACCCAGCAGAAUUAUUGCAAGAAGGUGUCCAAUGAUGCGUUGUAUCAGAUUGUGCAGAAAUGCACACACCGCUUCGAGGCCGAUCAGGCAGAGAGGGUGUGGCGUUUCGCACACGAGCGUGGUCUCGAUGUCCCGCGGUCAGGUGCGAUGGGUGGCGAGGCGGAGCGUCCUGCACAGGGCGUGGGCGAGGGAGAGGAUACCGAGCGUUAUGCGGAGGGAGGUGCUGCGAGAUAUGGGGAGGGUGCGGGUGCCGCGGAGGAGGAGGAGGCACACGUUGACCUUGAGGUUGGCGUUGCCGAGGGGGAGCGGACACCGAGGGGAGAGGGAGGCGUGCCGAAGUUCGAUCCGACGGCUCAUCAGAGGGCGGUGGACUGGGAGCGGAGCGGGAUUGCCUUCAAUGCCUUCCGCAACACGCCGUACCGGGUCCUCCAGCAGGUUGCUCUUCGGCAACCUGGUGGAGCACCUCUUCCCGUGCUUCCAUCCCACAGCGAGAUCGCAGACAUGCGAACUGUGGAGAUCCACCGCGAGCAGUUGGUGGAGGAGUUGGAGGAGGUUAGGCAGCCAUUAUGGGUGAGUGGCGCCACCCUCCUCUCUGACGGGAGGAAGUCACGAGAUGGGCGACCGAUCGUGAACUUCCUCGCAGCUGGGUCUCGAGGGGUCGUCAUGUACACGACGAUCAACCGAGAGGGGGAGCCGGACGAUGCGGUGCACGUCCUGCAGAGCUGGGUCGCCAUCUUUCAUGAUUUCAGAUUCGGUGGCCCACAGCGGGUCAAUGCUAUAUGCACUGACUCUGCCUCUGCAUACGUGGGGGCUGCGAGGGCUUUGGCCUUGCCAUCUAUGCCCCCUGAGCUGAGGAGGAUUACUUGGCUCCCGUGUUGCGUUCAUGUUUGCAACAAGUUGUUGUCAGACAUUGGCACGAUCUGCACCUCUUUCGUGGACACGAUCACGUGUGCCCGAGUUCUGGUGGUGUUUUUCAAAACCCACCAGGCCGCUCUCAGCUUCUUUCGGAAGCGGAGCGUGGCGUUGGGGUUCGUGCUUUCAUGCGAGACGCCCUUUGCGUCCGUGUACUCCAUGUUGGAGAGGUUGCUCGCUUUGCAGGAUCGUUUGCAGGGCAUGAUGACAGCGGAGGACGGUCGGGCAUGGGCUAGGAUCCUGUGGUCCCCCAACGUUUGCGACAUGGCGCGUUGGGUGCGCCGACAGAUCAGGUGGUCCCCUUGGUGGGAGAGGAUGCGUGCCAUCAAGCACGUCAUGGAUCCUGUCAUGGACUUACUAAGGCGGAUGGACCGUGGCGGGCAGUUCAUGUCCCUCGUUGUAGAGUGGACUCGGGAUCUUGCACGCCUUGUGCGGGACGCUUGCAUUCCUCUUGGCCAGUCCUUUUCUGACCGUUGUGGAUACGUCCUCCCUUGGCAGCGAGACAAGGGCAUGCUUGACACGCAGGCGGGAUUGGACGUGGAGCCUAUGCGCUCGGGGAUGAGGAGUGGGAUGACGGAGGAGGAGAUCGAGGAGCAGGCUGCCCUCAUUGCGCGCAAUCCCAUUGGGUGUUCUGCGCCGCCCCCUGUUGAGUCUGUUUUCGGUGCUCGUGCGACUAUCUUCUGCCCAUACCCCAGGGACGAUGACUCUGCGGACGAGAGGGAGUCGGAAACAGCGGACGACCCGAUGCUUCCCAUCCCGCGUGAGAUUGAUGAGUUGCACGAGGGGGGCGACAUGCGUGACGAGAGGACGCACACCGCGCGGAGGGCGGCAGACCAGCGAGAUAUAGAUAUGAUAGGGGGCGAGGAGUCUUGGGGAUCUUUCGGGGGCACGGAGGAGAGAUCACCCACUGCCGCGCGGGAGGAUACGCGUCCUUGCAUGACCUUGCGGGAGGAGACGCCUGCUCCCAUGACUGCGAGUGAGGAGCCGGGUCCUGUCACGACAGUGCGGGAGUGGACGACUAUUUCGUCGACCGCGCAGGAGCAGACGCCUGCUCCCACGACCACGCGAGAGCAGACGAGUAUUCCCGCUACGCAUUUCGGACCCUCGUCCCUGUCGCCUCUUUCGCGUCAUUCUAUCCCAGGAUUCCCAGCAUCCGCUCCGCCCGCUCCCGUUCGGCAUGACGAGCGCUCACCUGCACCGGUUGGGAGGGAGGACUUGGGAUCCUCGUUGCGCAGCCGCGAGCAUGGAUCAUUGUUUAUCGUAGCCCGUCAGCUCGUUUUGGACCCGGGUGCAUCGAGCGACUUAGGGGAGAUGGGUGUUCAUAGCGGGCCACCACCGGUGGAGGAGAGGGAGAGACGAGCGGAGGAGCACGGAGCUGCCGAAGCGGGCGGAGUUGAGGGUAUUCGGGGUAUGGAGGAGAAGGUAGCUGGAGUAGUGGGGGGCGUGGUGGAGGUAGAUGAUGAUGCGCACGUCGAGAGAGAGGAGGGCGUGCUGCCAUCGGAGGUUGAGAGAGAGGACGAUGUGGUGACGAUGCAGGAGGCGACGAUGAGGGACGAUGAGGGAGAGGAGGUUGCGGCAGGGGUAGACGAGAGCGUGGCUGGGGUAGAUGAUGGUGCUGCCCAGGUUGAGAUGGAGGAGGAUGUGGUGAGGGCAGAUGCUGCUAUGUUGGUUGGGGGAGAGGAGGGUGUGGUAGGGGGGGACGUCGCCCAUGUUACAGGAGAGGGAGGCGCCCACGUUGACCCGAUCGUCCAGCGUUUCGUUGAUGACGAGACGGGUCCCGCACUAGCGGGUUUGACCCCGGGCACGAGGAGGGCACUGGGGGCGUCGCCAUCAGGACAGAGGGGGGCGUCAGGGCUGGGGAUGGGGGAUUUCAUGGACAUGUCUUUGGGGGAUCCGCCCACCCCUGCUCACGCAGAGAGAGAGGAUGUGGCGCGUGCCCUAGCGGUCGUUGGGUACUCCACACAGGAGAUUGAGUACGCAUUUGCAGGACGCUCCAGGAGAGAGACAGACUCGCUUCAGCAGGGGUGCGAGGAGGUAGUAGAACAGGCACAGGAGGAGCGUGAGGAUGCACCCCCUGCGGAUAUCCACGGAGGUAGUAGUUCGUUGGUACCGUUCACGGGCUUGCAGAUGACGACGACGAUGCGGCCAGUUCGACCGUGUGUGCAGGGGUCAGGUUCUAGGGAGGAGGCAUUUGUUCAGGUACCACCGGUCAUAGUCGUAGAUUUAGGAUCUGAGGCAGUUCUUCAUACAACGGUUACUGGGCGGCGAGCACCUCAGGAUACAGCUCGCCCAUUGGAUUUCGCGGAGCUCGCACGGGCUGCUGUGCGUGACGUGACGAGGCGGGAGAACACCGACCCUAGCAGACCACUUAUGUCGCCUCCUCCUCCGAGAUCACGUCACAGCGAUUCCCCCUCGACACCAGUCGGUCGGCCCCCCCAUUCACCAUCCACGCCCACCAGACCCAGGGUUCGUGACACGACGGCCGUAGGGAGCCUCCCUCUUGACACGUCGCUAUUCGGGAGGACGGAUAUCGACCUGGAGUCCGUACGUCGGGUCACAGUGCACACUGCACGACAGCAGCCAGGUUUGGGUGGGGCUGACACCGGGAGGGGUGCGCCGAGGGAGGUCAUGGUGGCAGUAUCUCAGCCGCGAGAUGUUCGCGGGGUUGGACAGGCCGGGUGUACCUUGCAGGCUGCUUUGGCAGCACCAGCACAUGCUGUGCGUGAGCAGACAUCGCGCAGGAGCGGAGUCGCUCGUACGAGUUUCAUGCCUCAGAUGAUGCCUGCCACGGGGGAUGACGCGUUGGAGGAGUCUUCUGGAGCCGAGGGGUUGGAGAUGCCGCGCGGUUCUCGUCGUGAGAAGACAGUCGCAGAGGUGACUCAGGUGAGUGCUAGGCUUGUUCGGGCGAGGACAAGGGAUGCCCAUGUGACCGUGGUGGAGGACGAUCCCGAGACGGAGCCUGCACGUGAGGAGGCCCCAUAGGAGGGUGACGAGUACAGUGACAACGAGGAGCGUGAGGAGGAGGAGAGCGACAACGGGGAUGAUGACAGCUACCACGACGACG